UCUAGCUCCCGCAGGUUAUAAGGCAUCUGCGCCCACCGAGGCAGGCAGUCUGGAGAGCGCUAGGGGUGGGCGCUACCUGUUACCUACCUGUUACCUAUCGUGCUGCCCUGCCUCGCCCCGCCAGUCCUGUCCCAAACGCCUCAUUGAUAUAAAUAGAAGAAACGGAGUCAUUGAAUCAAAACGAAAAGGAUUGAGUGACCUGCAUGAAAGGAAGACGUCCAGGGAGAAGUAAAGGAAAUCAAACAUCCGAGGAUGCAUUUUCAGCAGUGUGAAGGCUGAAUGAAUGCUGAAUUAACAAAUGUUAAGAUACUCGGAUUGGAACUGCAUUUGGAAUUUACUUUACUGACAAUGCCACCAUCAAAUGGAAGCCCCGUUGUGUACACUCCCCCAGAUGGAGGCUGGGGGUGGGCAGUGGUAGUAGGAGCUUUCAUUUCCAUUGGCUUCUCUUGUGCAUUCGGCAAAUCUAUUUCUGUAUUUUACAAAGAAAUCGAAGGUAUAUUUCAUGCCAGCACGAGUGAAGUGUCAUGGAUCUCUUCCAUCAUGUUUGCUGUCAUGUAUGGUGGAGGCCCGAUCAGCAGCAUCCUGGUGAAUAAAUAUGGCAGCCGUCCAGUGAUGAUAGUUGGAGGCUGUUUGUCAGGCUGUGGCUUGAUUGCAGCUUCUUUCUGUAACACCGUUCAGGAGCUUUACUUGUGUAUUGGCGUCAUUGGAGGCCUUGGGCUUGCCUUCAACUUGAAUCCAGCUCUGACCAUGAUCAGCAAAUAUUUCUACAAGAGGCGACCACUGGCCAAUGGGCUGGCCAUGGCUGGCAGCCCUGUGCUCCUUGCAGCCCUGGCCCCCCUCAAUCAGGCUCUCUUUGAUAUCUUCGGCUGUAGAGGAAGCCUCCUAAUUCUUGGGGGUAUCUUACUAAACUGCUGUGUAGCUGGAUCCCUGAUGCGACCCGUAGGGCCUAAGCCUAGCCAGAUGGGGCAAGAUAAGUCUAAAGAAUCCUUUCAGGAAGCUGGAAAAUCUGAGACAGAAAAAGGUGCGGGCGACGCAAGCCCAGAACUUAACAGCGGAAAGCCCAAAGAGGAGAAGCGAUCCGUUUUCCAAAGGGUUAACAAACUUCUGGAUUUAUCCCUGUUCGCUCACAGAGGCUUUGUCCUGUACCUCUCUGGUAAUGUAAUAAUGACUUUCGGACUGGCUACACCUUUAAUCUUUCUCAGCAGUUACGCCAAAAGUCAACAUCACACUAGCGAGAAGGCCGCCUUCCUUCUUUCUAUUUUGUCUUUUGUCGACAUUGUAGCCAGACCGUCUAUGGGACUUGUAGCUAACACAAAAUGGGUAAGACCGCGGAUUCAGUAUUACUUCGCUGCUUCUAUCAUCGCAAACGGAGUGUGCCAUAUGGUGCUGCCUUUAUUCACCAGCUACAUCGGGUUCUGCGUCUACGCGGGCGUCCUUGGAUUUGCCUUUGGGUGGUUUAGCUCGGUGUUGUUUGAAACACUGAUGGACCUCAUUGGACCCCAGAGGUUCUCCAGCGCCGUGGGACUGGUGACCAUUGUGGAAUGCUGUCCUGUCCUCCUGGGGCCACCGCUUUUAGGUCAUCUCAAUGACAUAUAUGGAGACUACAAAUACAUAUACUGGUCUUGUGGUGUAAUCCUAAUUACCGCAGGCCUCUAUCUCUUUAUCGGCAUGGGCAUCAGUUAUCGACUUGAGGCAAAAGAACAGAAAGCAGAGAAGCAGACGAAGGAAGGCAAAGAAGAGGAGCCCAAAGAAGUUCCUGAAGAAUGUGGACUAGGAAGGGCCCCAGAGAACAGAGCAUCUAGUCUGAAAUCAUAACCAGAGGAGUUUUGACCAAAGAGAACUGAAAAUUCAACUGAACCCUGUUCUCUGAGUGUAGGACAGUGGGCACGCCCAUGGAAUCACAUUAGGCACUCAGCAAUGGAAUUCUUACGUAACUCUUUUAUAGCAGUCUAAAAUAACUGAUUAUAUUCUAGGGACAGGGGAUUGAUAAAAAAUGAAGGAAGGGGAAC